UCCUGUAAGCAAGCCCAGCUCACCUCCUGGGGGGACAAGCCAGAACACAGGAACCAUGAAGGCCAGAGCAGGGCUGCUGCUCGCCCUGGCUUGUGCCCUCAGCACAGGCCAGUGCUCCCCUCUCAACAACUUCCAGAGUCGCAAAGCCACUGAGCUGAUCUCACUGAGUCUCCAAGGCCCUGCCCUGAUGUCAGAGGAACCCAUGGAGGUGGACGAAUGUGCCAAACGCUGCACAGCACGGCCAGACUGCAGGGCUUUUAACUACAAUCAGAAGAGCCAUGGCUGCCAGAUGCUGCCCUGGACCCAGCACUCAGCACAUACCCAGUUGCAGAGGAAUGUCUACUAUGACCUCUACCAGAAGAAGGAUUACAUGCGGGACUGCAUUGUGGGAGAAGGCACAAGUUAUCGGGGGAUGCGGUCAGUGACAGAGAAAGGCAAGACCUGCCAGCAGUGGAGGCUGACGUUUCCCCAUGAUCACAGGUUCUCACCAUCUCUGCAGAAUGGCCUGGAGGUGAAUUACUGCCGAAAUCCCGAUAGAGACAAACGGGGACCCUGGUGCUACACCACAGACCCUGAUGUCCGGUACCAGAGCUGCAACAUCAAGAAAUGUGAAGAUGCUGUAUGUAUGUCAUGUAACGGUGAAGACUACCGGGGCUUUGUGGAUCACACUGAAUCUGGGCGGGAGUGCCAGCGCUGGGACCAGCAGCACCCCCAUAAACAUCCAUAUGAGCCAAACAAGUACCCUGAUAAGGACCUGGAUGACAAUUAUUGCCGCAACCCUGACAGCUCUGAGCGCCCCUGGUGCUACACCACAGACCCUGCCCGGAAGCGGGAAUUCUGCCACAUCCGCAAGUGCAAAAAACGCUCACGUCUCAUGGACAUCACUACCAACUGCUUCAAGCAAAAGGGUGAAGGGUACCGGGGCAAAGUGAAUGUUACGACAACAGGGAUCCCCUGCCAGCGCUGGGACACCCAGAUGCCCCACCAGCACCACUUCGUGCCUGAGAAAUAUGAGUGCAAGGACCUGCAGGAGAAUUACUGCCGGAAUCCCGAUGGCUCAGAGGCUCCCUGGUGCUUCACCACUCUGCCUAGCAUGCGCGUGGCCUUCUGCUUCCAGAUCAGACGAUGCAUGGAUGAGGUGGAAGUAGAGGAUUGUUACCAUGGUAAUGGUGAGCUAUAUCGAGGCCACACGAGCAAGACCCGGAAGGGUGUCACCUGCCAGAAGUGGUCAGAACAGUCUCCUCAUGUCCCUCAGAUCUCCCCCACCACACACCCAGCUGCACACUUGGAGGAGAACCAUUGCCGCAACCCAGACAAUGACAGUCAUGGGCCUUGGUGCUACACCAUGGACCCCCGCACGCCAUUUGACUACUGUGCUAUCAAGCCCUGUGCUGGUGACAAGAUACCAUCUGUCCUGGAGAAUGCAGGUAAUGUGGUCUUCGAUGAGUGUGGAAAGAGGGAUGAGCGCCUGCAGCUGAGGGGCCGCAUUGUUGGAGGACGCCCUGGGAACUCACCCUGGACCGUCAGCAUCCGCAACCGGGAAGGAGUCCAUUUCUGUGGGGGAUCCCUGGUGAAGGAGCAGUGGGUCAUCAGCACGCGCCAGUGCUUCUCCUCCUGCGAUGCUGAUCUGUCUGGCUACGAGGUCCAGCUUGGGACACUCUUCAAGGACCCCAAGCCCAGUGACCCUGACAAACAGGCCAUCCCCAUCCUGAAGAUCAUCUGUGGGCCUUCAGAGUCCCAGCUGGUCAUGCUGAAGCUGGUGAGGCCUGCCACUCUGAACAAGCGUGUGGCUCUGAUCUGCCUCCCACCUGAGCGGUACAUUGUUCCUGAGAAUACAGAGUGCGAGAUCGCCGGAUGGGGUGAAACCAGAGGCACUGGUGAUGAGACUGUGCUCAAUGUGGCCAGGCUACCUGUGAUGAGCAAUAAAAAGUGCAGCAUGGUACACCGGGGCAAAGUGAAGGACAGUGAGCUGUGCACUGCACCCCUGAAGGCUGGGGUGGGUGCCUGUGAGGGCGAUUAUGGGGGACCCCUGGCCUGCCUGACCCAUGACUGCUGGGUACUGGAAGGGGUCACCACCCCAUCCCGUGUAUGUGCCCGCAAAGACCAGCCCGCGACCUUUGUCCGCGUCUCACUAUAUGUCGACUGGAUCAACAAAGUGAUGAAGAUGAUCUGAACCCCAGGGGCCUUGCAGAAACACGACAGCCAGGGCUCUCUGUACCCCAGGGGCAACCUGCAGCUGCUCUGGGGCACAAAAUGGCAGAAACAACCCCAAAGGACUGAGCUCUGUGCUCUUUCCAUACAUAGAUGGCUGUGGGCUCUGGGAUGUAUGUGUGCCUUUGCCUUUCAUGUUACCUACCUAUGCCAAGCUACAGGUCGCAGUGGAGUUUUUUGGGUAAAGCUUCACAUGGAGAGGGGAGGGCUACCCUGGGUGGGCAGGCAGCAUUCUGAUCCUGCCUAGAAGUGGUCCUAUCUCAUCUCCUACACUGACACUCAGCUAGGCCCUUUAGUCCCUUUCUUAAGUAAUCAUCCCCUUGUUACUGCAUUGGCUAAUGGGAAUAAAUAUGGAAAGUGA